UCCAAACCCCCGAUGCCCAGUUGCCCUGGCCCCCAUCCCCUUUAAAUUCCCACUCUCCUCACGCUCACUUCUCUCUCUCUACCACGAAUCUCGCAAAUCUAGGGUUUCGCACUCUCUUCUCUCAGAGCUCUCUAGAUCGACUCCAGGCUGCUUAAUGCUGAACGUUUUUGGCUUCUUUAGAUUCGAAUUCAGUUGAUUCUGCGGAUUUUUGGACUCGCGUUGGUCCAAGCUUUGAGCAUUUUGGUUCUGUUUCGGGUUUAGUUGAGUUGAUCGCGUGGAUUUUGGCCUCGUAUCUUGGCGAUUUAGGGAGGGAUUUACUAAAUUAGGGGUUUUGGCUUUCUGCUGGCAGUUUUACUGGAAAAUUUUGGGUGAUUGUUAGAGAAGAAUGCUUGCUGGACCGGUUGCAGGUUUGCCUCUACCCUGUUUGUUGGGUUGAUUUUGUGGAUUUGAUCGUCACAUCUUGGCAACCUGUGGGGAUUUUGCUGAAUUAGAUAAUAGCCAGCCUGAUGCACCACCUGAAGAGCCAAGCUGAUGGUUGAUCACAUGUUUAUUAUGUUUGACAAGCAUCCCAAUGGGAUCAUUUCUGAUGAAAUGUCGAAGGGCACUGCUUUGCUUGAUAAUGUUGCUAUAUUUUUCUAUGGAGAUAAGCUGUGCUAUCAGUGCAGAUGGUGAGGCACUCCUUAGCUUUAAGACAUCAAUUGUUGGUUCCGAUGGCAUACUUCUUCACUGGAGACAAGAAGAUCCUGACCCCUGUAACUGGAAAGGAGUGACAUGCGACACUCAUACGAAAAGAGUAAUUUAUUUGGCUCUUGGGAAUCAUAAAUUAAUUGGGUCUAUAGCACCAGAAAUUGGAAAGCUAAAUCAGUUAAAGCUAUUAGCUCUACAUGGCAACAGCUUAUAUGGAACCAUUCCCCCUGAGCUGGGAAAUUGUACAGAGUUACAACAUUUAUAUUUGCAGGGAAACUACUUGAGUGGGACUAUCCCCUCAGAGUUUGGUAGCCUAUUGGAACUUGAGACUCUGGAUCUCUCCAGCAACACUUUGAGCGGAUCUGUUCCUUCAUCCCUUGCUAAAUUGACGAAACUUAAACUAUUCAAUGUGUCAAUGAACUUUCUAUCGGGAGCAAUACCAUAUGACGGUGCGCUCACCAGAUUUAUUGGAAGUUCCUAUGUGGGAAAUCGGGAAUUAUGUGGGAGGCAAGUUGGUCUUGAGUGUAAGAAUGAUGUACCAUCAACAUCAACAGAUUCUGAACCACCUUCUUCAGGUAGUAACCAACAAAACAAGAAGACAGGUCCUAAAGUUGUUAUAAGUACUGCAGCAACAAUUGGUGCUUUAUUGUUGGUUGCUCUUAUGUGUUUCUGGGGCUGCUUUAUGUACAAAAAAUUUGGUAAAAGUGAUAUGACAGGUCUUGCAGGGGAUGUCAGUGGAGGUGCAUCUAUUGUCAUGUUUCAUGGGGACUUGCCUUACUCAUCAAAAGACAUCCUCAAGAAGCUUGAGACUUUGAAUGAUGAACAUAUUAUUGGUUCUGGUGGCUUUGGAACUGUAUACAAGCUAGAUAUGGAUGAUGACAAUAUUUUUGCUCUGAAAAGAAUAGUAAAAACAAAUGAAGGUCUUGACCGCUUUUUUGAUAGGGAACUUGAGAUCUUGGGCAGUAUUAAACAUCGUUAUUUGGUAAAUCUACGUGGGUAUUGCAAUUCACCCUCAUCUAAGUUAUUAAUUUAUGAUUUUUUGCCUGGCGGGAGCUUGGAUGAAGCUUUACAUGAGAGGUCGGAACAAUUGGACUGGGAUGCACGCCUUAAUAUCAUCUUGGGAGCUGCAAAAGGGCUUGCAUACUUGCAUCAUGAUUGUUCACCUCGAAUCAUUCAUCGUGACAUUAAGUCAAGCAACAUUUUACUUGAUGGAAAUCUGGAGGCUCGUGUGUCUGAUUUUGGACUUGCAAAGUUGCUGGAGGAUGAAGAAUCUCAUAUCACUACUAUAGUAGCCGGGACAUUUGGAUAUCUGGCUCCAGAGUACAUGCAAAGUGGUAGGGCGACAGAAAAAACAGAUGUGUACAGUUUUGGAGUAUUAGUGCUUGAAGUAAUGAGUGGAAAACGACCCACGGAUUCAUCAUUUAUCGAAAAAGGCUUGAAUAUAGUAGGAUGGCUGAAUUUUUUGGUUGUGGAGAACCGUCAGAGAGAAAUAAUAGAUCCAGAAUGUGAAGGAGUGCAGAACGAAAGCCUCGAUGCUUUGCUUUCAGUUGCAACUCAGUGCGUAUCCUCCACUCCAGAAGACCGACCCACGAUGCACAGGGUGGUUCAGGUAUUGGAGUCAGAGGUGAUGACCCCGUGCCCAAGUGAUUUUUACGACUCAUAUUCAGAAUGAGCUAAAUAAGUUUCUGAGCCUUGGUAUUGUUUUUUCCAUUCACUCUUUGCUCACGUAAGAAUUGAGUUCCAUACAUCUCCCCUGGUCCAUUCUGCAACUCUUUCUGCAUGUACACUUGUGUUCAUUCAUUUAUUCUUUGUUGCAGAAGUGGUUGUAAAUGAAAGUUUGUUUGCUGUUAGCAGGCGUAAUAUAUAUUAGUCUUCUCUCCUUGGUUCUUUA